AUGCCCAUAUGCGAGCCACAGUGUCCCUUGGUGAAGGCCAUAUUGAAAAAAACAAUCACCGAAGCCCCAUGGCUUUCGAAGAAAUAUUUUCCUUCAAAGGAAGCAGAUUUGGGAAAAGACGUAGAAUUUGAAGACGCUCGCGAUGUAGGUCGUCGUUAUAGGAGAGAGGCAGAUGGAAAGGUCAUAGAUAUAGUAACAGACAUCACAAAAGAGGAUGCUUCGAAAGUUUCGAUCACAAAAGUCAAAAGAGAAUCUGCAACGCAGUGGGCUGCUGAAGGAGAGGAUAAGGCGAUUGUAAGAGAACCUAUGAAAGACAUAGAAGGAGAAGAUUCAGCAGCCAGACUUUCGGAACGCGGAAGGCUAGAGCGUGAACGACCAGAACGUGAGAGACCAGAACGCGAAAAAUUAGAACAUGAGAAAUUAGAACGUGAAAAGCUAGAACUUGAAAAAUUAGAACGUAAAAAACUAGAACUUGAAAAAUUAGAACGUGAAAAAAUUAAAAAACCGAAUGGAGAACCGUUGAGGCACGAUACUAUCGAUGAGAAAGAACUUACGAUAUUUCGAGAUGAGUGUGAUCCUCAUUGCCCUCGGCGUAUAUCGCGAAGCAAGUAUAUUUUGUUAUCCACUGUCCUUAUCAAUGUUAAAUGUUAAAGCAAUUAAUAAUUAUUUCUAUAGAAAGUAUAAAACGUAAACUCGAAGAAAGGCAAAGGGCCGCAGAUUAUUAUUUGUUGUAUAAGGGUUCGGGUUACUUCGAAGACGUCUGUACUUGUUCCCUUUCCUGUAUCGUUCGUGCUUUAAAAAACGAUUCGUUUGUUAGAAGCAUAUUAGCAUCCACCGCAUUAUUUGUAUUUGGCUUGAAACUUUGUUCAG